UUAGAACCGCCGGUGCGUACUAUACAGUACAGACAGCCGGUUAAAGGGGGGAAUAUCGUGUAAUUAUGUUGGCGCGGCAAUACGGCACCGGCAUGUGAUGAGCACUCGAGCAGCAGUUGAUUAAAUGAAUCAUGACAAGCGUCCGUCCUAACCUGCUACACCGCGCUUAGCUUCCGGUAAAUUCCAGUUUUCUCCAUCGGCAUCUGCGUCAAGGAGACGCGUGUGCGCCCGUGACCUUUACAUAUAUAUACAUCUGCAUAAACACUUUCCCGAUUCUUGCCAGUUUAACGGGAUAGUUUCCCGGAAUAUUCCACUCGCUGCAGAAAUAUUUGUCCAGUGUGUUGAUCAAAAUUAGCGGGAAACUUGAUCUAAUUAAUUAAGCGUCGCACGUGGAAUGGAUUAUGUCAUAUCGCGUGAAAGCGGGGAAUACCGAUGAUUAUUAUUAUUAUUAUUACGGCACAGGAGCAGACAACCGCGAAACUUCAGUCUGGUGGAAAAACUGGACCAUCCCUACUUUUCUUUUCCCGUUGAAUGAUGGAGUUCAGUUUCGACGGCAGCGGGAAUUAUUACUGCGCGGUACGGUUGCUGCACAAUGUGACCCUGCUGGGCACGUGUCCCUCGCUGAACGGCUCGGUGAUCAAUUCGCGUAUCAACCAGUGGGCCACCACCGUCUUCAUCAACAUCGGCUACCCCCUCCUCCUCGUCAUGGCCACCCUCGGCAACGGCGGCUACCUGGUUUUUCUUAGUUUCCAGAAGCGCAGCACCCGGACGCUGUAUCUGGCCGUCACCGCGCUCUCCGGCAUCAUUCUCAUAUGGUUGGAGCUGCCACGAUUUCUCGUGACCUCGUCGGACAGCCUGCGCCGGCAUCGCGACUUCAUCGUCUACGUCCUGCACAGUAUGGGUCUGCAGUUGUUCGCCGAGGAUCUUUUCAGCCAGAUUUCCAACUGGACGAUCAUCGCGCUGUCGAUGGAGCGCGUGCUGGUCAUCUCCAAGCCCCUACAGUACCGCCACGGGGUGCCGCUACGCUACGGCUACCUGGUGGUCAUGGGGAUCGGGGUGCUGGCGCUGGCCGUGGCCAUUCCCGGCAUCGUCGUCUUCUACUGGUCCCUCAACGCCAUCGGCAUCUUCGCGGCCAACGAGUGCACCAACCACGCCAUGGCCAUCACGCUGCACGACGUGCGCAACCUGGCCAAGAUCCUCGUUAUCGUCGAGGGUCUGUACGUGGCCAUCGUGGUACCACUUGGUGACGUCGGUGAUCAUGUUCGUCACCAGCCUCGUUCUCGUCAUCCAGAUCCUGCGCAGCAGCGCCUACCGGAAGCGCCACCUGCAGUCGGCCGCCAGCAACGGAAGUAACUCCACCGAUCCCGGCGCCGGCGCCCCGCCCUCCCGCUCCCUGGCCCUCAGCGGGCUGGGCGGCCACCGCACCCUCUUCCGCGCCAUCCUCGGCUACUUCAUCACGCAGCUGCCGCGCGUCAUCCAC